ACACCGUCCCAAAUGACAGAGGCGCACUUGCGUGUUGGAGCGUUACCGUGGAGCUGUAAGGUUUCAGUUUCGUUUAUGAGGAAAAAACUGUUUAAAUUAACGAGGCAGGGGAAGAAGAUCAAAAUCUGAAAGAUGAACUGGGAAGAGCCCAUGGAGACUUACGACUUGAACCAAGAACAUGUUAAACCACGAAAACGGAGUAAGGCAGGUUCUGCAGCUGAAGAGGAGACGUGCUCUUGUUCUGUCCCAGUGGGUCAUUUUUGGUAUGUGAACCACAUGUACAAGGAAGAAAUGAAACGUAUUGAGAAAGAGAACGGAGUUAAAAUUGAAGCAGAGUUAAAGUUGAAAUUUCAAGUAGACAAAAAACAUGGGAGCCCAGACAAUGCUCUAAAAGAGUUUGAAAACCUCAUGCAGAACAGUAUAACUGAAUCCAGUGGCUCAGUUAUUCCUCUCAAGUUCAUAGAUCCAGAUCAGUGGAGAGAUGCGCUGAAAACCAUCCAGAAAAGUAAAAAGAAACUUUUGGUUACUCUGACCUGUGAAACAAUGACUGUGCAAGGACCAAGACAUAGUCAAGAUGUCAUCAGUAAGUCGUUAUUUGCAGAUACAGUGCAGCAUACAAACACUCGUGCUUUUCUUGAAGAGUAUGAGAAAAAGAAUCUAGACACAUCACUGAAGACUGACAGGACCACCAAAGACUUGUGGCCGAUGACUACCUCUUGCAACAAGGAAGUAGACAGGAUCAAAGCUGGGUUUAAUGUGGAAAUCAAAGAAUCAGACAUUAAUCAAGGAAAAGUCAGUGUGAAAACUUUACACAAACAAGAUGAAGGACACUCCUUCAUGAAGGACUGCAGUCUCAAAUCUGCUUUCCAACCAUACCGCAUGACUCACCAUAACUUACUGAUGAAGACAAACUGCAUUUCUCAAUUAGAGGGGGCCUCUAAUGACCCUGUGUCGAAUGACCAAUCAGCAAACAGGAUGCACAACACUGACCGACCAACUGACAGUGGGACAACAGCAGGUGACCAAAAGGAUGAAAGGUGUCCUAUAUGUUUGGAUAGAUUCAAAAACAAGAAACAGCUCAAGUGUAAAGAUGAAUUUUGUGAAGACUGCCUGAGACAAGCACAGGACGCGAAUGGGCCCAUCUGUCCUGUAUGCAGAGUCGUCUUUGGUAAGAUAAUCGGAGACCAACCAGAUGGAAGAAUGUCACACCAGACAUUACGCACUUCCCUUCCUGGAUACUCAGACUGUGGCACCAUAGUGAUCAACUAUGUGAUUCCAAGUGGAAUACAGACGGCAAAACAUCCCAAUCCUGGACAGCUCUACUCAGGUAUUCAUAGAACAGCAUAUCUUCCAGACAACAAAGAGGGCAAUGAAGUGCUGCAACUGCUGAAAAGAGCAUUUCAGCAGAGGCUCAUUUUUACUGUUGGGACAUCCAGAACAACUGGACUGGAUAACCAGGUGACCUGGAAUGACAUUCCCCACAAAACAUCCACGUCAGGAGGACCAGAUCGCUUUGGGUAUCCUGACCCUGAGUACCUGAGCAGAGUCAAAGAGGAGUUAAAGGCCAAAGGCAUUGAGUGAAGUCUUUGAUACAAAGUGCAGCUGGAUUAGAAAUCAAAGAGGCUAAAAACAAGAUGACUCUUUAAACAGACACUGAAAUUCAAAUACUCUGUUUUGCUCUUUUUUCUGUUAAUGUUUCAAAUGAUCAGCAAGGGUUAGAAUUGACUUCUUUCAUUUGCAAAAUAUAUUAUCUUCACAUAUCGGGUGAUAAAAAUUUUUUUGUUGAUUGUCUAAGUUUUCAUCAUGUAACAAUAUAAAAUGUACAUAAUCUCAGGUCUACAGUGCUGAUGGUCUGACUUGUUCUUUGCCUAAUAAAUGAUUAAAUCCUCCACACUGAAUUCCUCCUUUUAUCAGGACCGAUUGUGAACAAAACACAGAACACUGUGGUUUGUUUUCUGUACAAUUUUUAAAAUUUUAUUUAUAACAAUAUCUGUUAUUUAGUUUGUAAAGUACUCCAGCAAAAAUUAAACAUUAUUCUCUUUUCAGAAGAAAGUCUGCGCCUCCAUGCAUUGUGUACUAUAAAAGCUAUGUGUCAUUUUUCAUUUUAAAAAACAAGGACUAAUCAAAACAAAAAGUCUGGAAAUGCACAUAUGAUUUAGCAAAAAUGUCCUUUCGGUAAAAUGAUUGUACUUCUCUCUCAAUUAAAGACAAAACAUACACGACGGCAUAAAAUAA